AUGGAUGACGAUCAAACAGUCGUGUUUCGUCCGCCUGACACAUCCAAGUCCAUAAUUGAAAAUAUUUUGGAGGUGACACCGUUGGCGUCUACUUCAGCGAAAUCUACACUGUUCACCAAUGCUCGGCCCCUUUGGUAUCCCCCGGAUGCUCGCGGCAUAUAUGGAGGGAUAUGCCUUGCUCAAAGUCUCAACGCCGCACAGGCUACAGUCCCACAAAACUUCGUCGUCCAUUCUAUGCACGGUCAAUUCGUCCUGGCUGGAAAUGCAGACAACCGGCUCUUGUACCACAUUGACAAUGUCAACAAUGGGAAGAGCUUCGCCACACGAGCGGUCAAGGUAACACAGGGAGUGCGGACCAUCUUCAUCGCCAUCAUCAACUUCGUCCGAGAAAUGGAUCCAGGGCGGAAACACAUGGAACAUUCCGAGCCCAUCCCACAUCGCAUCCCGGGACCUCCUCUUGAAUCGGGUUCCCGAAAUGAUACUUUUAAAAAAGCUCCCUAUGUGACCAAGAAAGUUGGCCUUACCAACAGCCACUCCAGGCAUCCCCAUCAGAAACGAAUUCAUCAGUGGAGUAAAGCAAGUGACAAAAUCUCGUCAUCGGGAGGUAUUCAUGCGCACCUUCCAGCUCUAGCAUAUAUCUGCGACAACUACUUUGUCGGCACGAUCCCUCACGUGCAGAAUAUCUGGGACUUCGUUAGGCCUCCACAGACUGAAUUUGAUGUGGGCGGAAAAGAUAUGUCCGAGCAAUCCACCAUUCAUAAACGAAUCCCCCAUUCAGGCGAAAAGAGUGAACUACGUUUACCCCGAGAAGAAGAAUUACGUGUUGGAAUGAUGGUUACGCUGAGUCAUACGAUGUUUUUCCACAAUCCGCGUGCCACCAGGGUCGAUGAAUGGAUGUUGUCCGAGCUGGCAAGUCACUGGGCUGGCAAUGGGCGAGGAGUCGCCACGCAGAAGAUAUGGUCGAAGGACGGCGUGUUGAUUGCGAGCUGUGUUCAGGAAGGAGUGGUUCGGCUGGCAAACCAAGACACGGGUCAACAUCUGACACAGUGCUCGAAGAGUCGAUUGUAA